AUGCCUUGGUGGGGGAAAAAAGAAACGCCCAAGGAUGGGCAGCCCGCCAGCGCCAACUCAAGCACCGAGGUUGACAAGCUCCCACCCAGAGAGAAACUGCCCGCGAAACUACAAAAGAUUGUCGACAAGGCCAAUGCAGAGAACAGCAGCUUCUUCGAUGAUGUCAAAGAGGGGUACGGUCCGGAUUCCACGGAUACCAAACUUCGAUAUGCCGCAUACGCGACUCGCCUACGAACGAUUAUGCUCUCUGCGCACCGUUACGUAGCAUAUACCUCGGACAUUGGCGAAUCGUUUCGGCCCGUAGCCCACCCCAAGGUGGUGCGCGCUGCCUACGGUAUCUCGUGGUUGUAUCUCAUCGGUGAUGUCAGUCAUGAGGGUUACCGAGCAUACAUUCACAACCAAAGAAUUCUCAACCCUCAGAUGGAGCUCACCCCUCACCAGCAAAAGAUUACCGGUCUUCCCGCAACGGUGACUGAGAAAUUAACACCAGGUGUCGUUCCCCCGCUUGAGGACUACCGGACCGUCAUGGUGCAACGCGGUAUUUUCCAAGCAAUUGCCAGUAUGGGCCUGCCGGCGUUCACUAUCCACAGCGUCGUUCGCUAUUCCAGGAGAGCAUUGAAGAAUGUCAAAAACGCUACUAUCCGCACAUGGACGCCCAUUGGACUGGGUCUGGCUGUCGUUCCGUUCCUACCCGCCAUGUUCGACGAGCCUGUAGAGCGCGCUGUCGAAUAUGUGUUCCACAAGGGCUUCGAAGCGGUCGGCGGCAAAAAAGCAGUGGGCGAUGCACCUGUGACAGGAAGAGAAGCCGAGCUUGGAAAGGUGAAGAAGGAAUAA